AGUUCCUGAGCGGCCCUGCUGUAACAGUGCCGCGGUUGGCCGACGCCGAACGAAGCCGGGUUCCUGGGUCCAGGCCCACACCAGCCACAAUCAAGCCGAACCACGCGCAGCACGCAGGAAGUCCAAGCAGCAAGGAGGGGCAGAAGCAGGCAGCUGCUCCCGGAGAUCCACGAGGUCCUGCGUAGGCUUCAAGACGCUCGGCUGCGUACAGGGAUAGUCCGUCGGUAUCUUACUUGGUGAAGCCGACCCGAAAUGCGCCCUGGUCGGAGCUUACCACUCGCUCUCUGUUCCGGCGCCUUCCGGGUUCGGCACCGGACCUCGGCCCUACACCAUGCCGCCGCAUCCCAGCGCUGCUUUUCUCAAACAACGUUUCGUGCCGCCGACUUCACCCACGCCGUCAUAGGCGGCGGUGUAGUCGGCCUAGCCAUCGCCCGCAGCCUCGCCCAGCGCUCCAACUCCAGCGGCUCCGGAUCAUCAUCACCAUCAUCAUUGUCGACGUCGUCGAGCACCCUCCUCCUCGAGCGGCACCCCGCCGUUGGCACCGAGACCUCCUCGCGCAACAGCGAGGUCAUCCAUGCGGGCAUCUACUACGGCGCUUCCUCGCUCAAGACGGCCCUCUGCAUCCAGGGUAAGGCGCUCCUGUACCACUACUGCGCCGCCCACGCCAUCCCGCACCGGCGCACCGGCAAGUGGAUCGUCGCGCAGACGGACGCCCAGCGCGCCGCCCUGCAGGCCGUCCACGACUUUUGCACGCGCGAGAUCCACGUGCCCGUGCGCUGGGUCGGCGCCGAGGAGGCCGCGAGGCGCGAGCCCGCCGUCCGGGCCGACAAGGGCAUCCUCGAGAGCCCCACCACCGGCAUCGUCGACAGCCACUCGUUGAUGAUGUCGCUGCUGGGCCAGUUCGAGGACGCCGGCGGGACAGUUGCGCUGGGAAGCAGGGUGGAGGCGAUCACCCCCUUGGGCGGGGACGGGAGCAGCGGCUGGGAGCUGGCGGUGCGGGACCUGGCGUCCGGGGAGGUCUCGACCGUGACGGCCGAGACCAUUAUCAAUUCUGCCGGGCUGGGUGCGGUGGACAUCCACAACAUGAUUGUGCCGCCUGAGAGAAGGAGGGAGAUGUUCUAUGCCAAGGGGAACUAUUUCUCCUACGGCGCGUCGAGUCCCAAGGUCGGCACGCUCGUGUAUCCGGCGCCGGAGCCGGGUCAUGGAGGGCUGGGGACACAUCUGACGCUGGACAUGGGUGGGCGCAUCAAGUUCGGGCCGGACGUCGAAUGGGUUAAUUCCCCUGACGACCUGGCCGUCAAUGAGUCGCGGCUGGCCCAAACUGUGAGGGAGGUCAAGAAGUACCUCCCGGGUCUGGAUGAAACGCAGUUACAGCCCGACUAUGCCGGGAUAAGGCCCAAGCUGUCGAAGCAAGGCGCCGUGGCGCAUGGCAAGGGGUUUGUGGACUUUAUCAUUCAGAAGGAGGAGGGUUAUCAAGGAUGGGUUAACCUGCUGAAUAUCGAGAGUCCUGGACUCACAAGCAGCCUGGCGAUAGCAGAGAAGGUCAGGAAGCUUUUAUAUGGAUAGCUAACAAUUUAAACACAACUGCGCUCUGCAAAUUGAGGACCAGUCUGUCAGGAGCGCAGAUCAGAAGAGCGUAAAUAAACGCCGUGAUCUCUCUGCCGAAACGUGCACAUCCCAGGCCUAGUUUGCGUGUAAAGCCUAUUAGGCCCGGUUGACCGAUCAAGCCGACCUGCG